AUUUUGAAUGAAAUACCGUACAUGUCAGCGCGAAACAACGACGUGCAUGAUCUGGAGGUCACACUUUCAAAAUGUUGAUUGUUUGAUUGGUUUGAGUCUUAUUUCCUGACCAUAGCCAGGCCUCUGGAGGCUAGUCGGCACGUAGUACGAGUGAUAGCCGAAAAGAAGAAAGCAAUGGUUUGGUAGAUCAAUUCAACUCAGCAGGCCUGCCUCCCACUCUUGGAGUACACGCACGGGUAUCCCUAGUCACAUACCAUGGCCUCUUCUGGUAACUUUGCACGUCGAUUUCGCAAGCGGAAGACACAGCGUGUACGCUUGACGGAUGCUUGCGUAUGGAUAAUUGCAUGUUCUAUAGUGGCCUGUGCUUGUCUCUCCGCCUUUGCUAUUUACUCUAAGCAUGUCCCUUUUCGUGAAGCUGGUCCUAUACGGAUUGUGCAGGAUUCGGUUUCUAGCGCUUUGGAAGACACUAGAUUUGAAGCAAUUUUUAUCAAGGAAACUCAGGCUGGCACUGUAUUAGCGUCCCACCAGGGACUAAGCACCCCAGGUGAGCAGGGACUACACACCCCAGCCGAGCAGGGAUUACACACCCCAGGCGAACAGGGACUACAUACCCCAGCCGAACGUAUUUCAGCUACUACUAUACCUCGACCAAGUUUCCGUGGUGCUGGAACCAGCGGGCGCAGCACUGUGGCUCCACGCGCUGACUCUCCACCUAGCACCUUGUCAGCAUCAACAGCUGUAACUAGUCAACUGACCACUGCACAGCCACUACUCCGCACUUCAACAGCACCUCGGGCGAAAACUCCUACGGGCAGCAGUACUAGUAGUGAUCAACAUAUUGUUGCUUCCGUGCUUACGAUGGCAAACGGACCUGCCCGUCACCAUGCAGCAGCAGCAGCAGACGCAAUGCCUGUACUAGUCAAGGGUAAUUCCGCCCUGACCUUCAGCGACAGUGGCUCCACGUUUCUCCUGCGCGGCAAGCCGCUUCGCAUUCUCAGCGGUGAGAUGCACUAUUUCCGCGUUGUGCCACAGUACUGGCAAGACAGACUACUCCGCCUGCGAGCCGCUGGGUUGAACACAGUCAGCACGUACGUUCCCUGGAACUUGCACGAGCCGCGAAUGGGCGUGUUUGACUUCACCGAGAACUCGCUGACCGACCUUGCUGGCUUUGUCCGAGCAGCGCAGAAGGUUGGUCUGUUUGUCAUCUUGCGUCCUGGACCGUACAUCUGUGCAGAGUGGGAGUUUGGUGGACUUCCCGCAUGGCUGCUGCGUAGCCACGGUGAGGAGAUCCGCACCAGCGGCGUGCACUAUCUGGCGGCUGUGCGACGGUAUCUGCGGAAGGUUUACGCCGAGACCAGCCGCUUGCAGAUGGCGCAUGGCGGGCCCAUCAUUGCCGUGCAGCUGGAAAACGAGUACGGUACGUACGGUGUGGGCGAGGCAUUUCGUCGUAGUGCUGGCGGUGUACAUCAAGAGGACAAGUCUGUCACCAAGGGCAAUGAUCGAGUGUAUCUGGAGGCACUGCGCACAGCAGCUAUAGAUGGUGGCAUAGUGGAGUUAUUGUUCAAGUGUGAUGAUGGUCAGGGCCUGCAGCGUGAAUUGGUUCAGCUGCCUGGUGUCUUGCAGACUGUGAACAGCAAUGACCGCGUGCCGUUUCACAUGAGCCUACUACGCCGCAAUCAGCGCGGUGUGAAUGCACCAGUGUUCGUAACCGAGUUCUGGUCGGGUUGGUACAGCCUAUUCGGUAAUCCGUUCUCCACGGCCAAACAGGCUGCGCUCUUGGCAGGCCUGUCUGAGUGGUUGCGUCAGAACGCAUCCAUCAAUUUCUACAUGUGGCACGGUGGAGUCAACUUCUAUCACAAUGGCGCUGUGAAGAUUCCACAGCAUCGGGUUGUAACGUCGUCCUAUGACUAUGAUAGUCCCGUGUCAGAGAAUGGAACCCUCAUGCCAAGUUUCUUUGCUAUUCGCAACCUCCUGAAAGAAACUCUCGGUGACCAAGUUGUUUUCGGAGAUAUCCCAGCACCGAUUCCUGUCGAGGCGUACGGCGCCGUAUCUAUGACAAAGUAUGCCUCACUUGAGUUGUUGGCAAAGCUGUUGCAUAAAGGUGUGGCCAUUGACAAUGUGCUGCCGAUGGAGCAGCUUCCUGUCAACGGCAACAGUGGCCAGGCAAUGGGGUGGACGCUGUACCGCCACUCGACCAGUACGACUUUAACAAAUGCUACCCUAUCUCUACCGUCACUGGCCGACUAUGGUGUUAUCAUGGUCAACGGCAAGGUGCUUGGACGCGUUGGCCACAAAACUCCCGCACUGUUCCCAAUACCAGCAGACAAGCUGCAUCCCACUGUGAACACCAUUGACAUACUGGUGGCACACUUCGGGCGCAAUAACUACUUGCCGGAUGGACGGAAUGAAAUGAAGGGUUUGCUUGAGCAGGUUUCACUCUCAGGGAAGAUCCUGACUGGCUGGACGGUAUACCCGCUUGAGUUCACCCAUGCCGACAUCAAUACACUCCUAGCUGAUACCAGUGUGCAGGCAUACGGCAAGAUACCUACGCCGUGUGCCAAUCGUAUGGUUGCUUCCAACGUGCCGCAGCUAAUCUACGCCGAGUUCUCCAUCGAUACCGACAAACCGCCCCGUGACACCUAUCUUCACAUCGGUGCUGACUGGGGCCGCGGCUUGGUCAUUUUGAAUGAUGCCGUACUGGGCCGCUACUUUUCUUCCGGCCCACAGCACACGCUGUACACGCCAGCACCACUACUGCACGCUGGCAAGAACACCGUCAUGUUACUGGAGCUAGAAAGAGUGCCCUGUACGCCCCAAGUAAGAUUCCUGGACAAGCCUAUACUUGGCCGUCCGGCCUACCAGUAGUCUUUGCUUGGAAUGUCUAGAUUGGACAAAGCUGGAGUGCAAUGGCAUGCUUUAGCUUUGUACUUUGAAGUAGUGCCAACGCCUUGAAUCAUACCAGUAUCUUGAACAAUUAUCAAGCUUUAUGAAGAUUUCGAACCAGUUUUAAAUUAAAAAGGUACAAGGAGCUUGAAAAAUAUCGCACCUUUUUUGAUUAUUUCUAACCGUUGACCGGACUAUAUAACAAUAUUAAUUUAUCACCCAUCGCAUCCUUGCCAAUGUUGAGAUCGGUUCAUUUGUAUACUGAUCAUUAAAAUUUAGUUCUGGCACAAA